CAGGUAAUAGAGCUCCACACAUGCAGGCGUGGCCAAACGUCGCGCGGGUCUCUGCAAAGCGCCUUUUGGUUGAACGCCAUCUAUUUUUAAAAUCGACAGACUGCUCAAAUGGAUAACGUUUUACUAUUAUCAUGAACAUUUGAACGAAAGGGGAAUUUAUAUGGUCUUUAGGUCUACUUACGGAGCUUUAGCAAAGUCGUUUUCACAUGCUUUGAGCAAAUUCAUUGUUGAAAGGGCGUAAUGAGGGACCGCCUUGGCGAUUUGACAGCGAACAGCAACAAUAACCCUUUUAGUGUGGAUGAUGAUGGCACCAUCACAGUGGAGAACAACUCCCACAGGGACGACUUCUUGAAACAGGUGGGGGAGGUGCGGCGCCUCAUCGAUAAGAUCACUUCCCAGGUAGAUGAAGUGGUGAAGAAACACAGCGCUAUCCUCUCUGCCCCCAACCCUGAGGAAAGGACCAAAGAUGAUCUGGAUCAGCUCACCAAUGAAAUCAAGAGGAACGCCAACACAGUGCGGGCCAAGUUAAAAACCAUGCAGGACAGCCUGCCUGAGGAUGAGAAUGCGAACACAGCCUCUGUGGACCAGCGCAUCCAGACGAACCAGCACACAAAUCUGAUGCGCUGGUUUGUGGAUGUCAUGACUAUGUACAACGAGACCCAGAUGUCCUUCAGGGAGCGGUGCAAAGGACGGAUUCAGAGACAGCUGGAGAUCACUGGGAAAGUGACCACUGAUGAGGAGCUGGAGGAGAUUCUGCACAGUGAAAACCCUGCCAUCUUCACCUCUGAUAUCAUCUCUGACUCCCAGAUCACACGCCAGGCUCUGAAUGAGAUCGAGUCUCGCCAUAAGGACAUCAUCCGCCUGGAGUCCAGCAUCAGGGAGCUCCAUGAGAUGUUUGUUGACAUGGCCAUGCUGGUGGAGACUCAGGGGGAGAUGAUAAACAACAUAGAGAAGAACGUGAGCAGUGCAGCCGAGUACAUCGGCGUGGCCAAAGUGGAGACUAAGAAGGCACUGCGGUACCAGAAAGCGGCACGCAGGAAGUAUGUCAUAAUUGCCAUAGUCGUGGUGAUCCUGCUUGCUGUAAUCGCACUUAUCGUUGGUUUGUCUCUGGGUCUAAAACUGCCCUCAACCGCACAGCCUUAGUUCUUAUUUUUCACAGAAAAUGCUUUAUCUUGGUAUCGGUGGGAUUGUUGGUGUCAUCGUUUUAGCCAUUAUUAUGGGGUUGAGUGUCUCAUAGUGAUUUGUUCAAUCCCCCAAAAAAAAAAAAAAAAAAGAAAUCCCAAACUAAAACAAAAAUUAUAAAUGUUAAUCAGUCUCAACCUCAAAUUGUUCCAGCUGAAAUAUCUACCAUGACCACUACUGCCUUACUGGGUGAAGUGACUCAUCUCUCAUGGAGUGAGUAAAGGCUCCAAUGAGGAGUUUCUACUGUGCAUUUCAGAGGAAGACAACUCUCUGUACCUGCAGUAUCAAUCAGAGGGUGGUGCUGAAUCUCCUGAUUAACUCCUAAACCUUUUCAACCAGACAUGCACUACGCACUUUUGACAGAAACACACAUACACACAGCAUAUGUUUUACUAUCCUUGUGGAGACCAUAUUUCCCCUAACUCCUAUCCUUAAUUCUACACCUAAGCCUAAAAUAGCCUUUGUUCUUGUGGGGACCUGGGAAAUGUCCCCACGAGGGUGAAUUGUCCUUGUUUUACUAUCCUUUUGGGGAUUUCAGGUAUCCAUGAGGAUAGUAAUACACACACAGCCUACACUCCAGUUAGUUUACUUAUAACCUCUGGUAUUCUUUGAAAUGGCAUCAGUAAAUCCUAAUUACAUGUUUGUAUUCCCUCUCCUGAAUUGGUUGGAUGUGCUCCCUACAUGAAGAUUUGUUCUAUCGAUUAAUGUAUGACUGUUUCUUUGUGCCUCUUAUUACAUUUCGAGCUCCAGAGCUUUAUCAAAUAUAUCUUUACACAACA